CUUUUAUUCUCUCUCUCCAUUUCUUUUUCUCUCAUUAUUCAUGCAUGCUCUUUGAGUAGGUAGAACAAUAAGUUCCUCUUUUCCUUUGAGUUGUUCUUCUUUCCUUGUCUGUCAUUGUCUAUCUCAUAUUGCUUGAUCCUUGGGUGUUUCAUUCGUUUCAUCACCCAUUCACUCCUUUGAUCUCGACAGACUCGACUCACUUUUCAUCUCAUUCAUUUUUCCUCUCUUUUCAUUUGAUAGACUGAACUCGGAUCAAUCACCAUGCUUUCGCGAUACAUCCUUCCCGCGGCCGCCAUCUUUGGCCUCGCGGCUGCUCAGACAACCACCGACUGUAACCCUCUCAACGAAACAGACUGCAAACCCAACCCGGCUUUCGGAACCAGCCAUCUUUGGCACUUCAACGACACACCCUCCAGCGACCACUGGGACAACCACGUCGGUCGCGUCACCUACGAUGAGAACGACGGCGCCGCCUUCACCGUCGCUAAGCAGGGCGACUCGCCUACUCUGCGCACCGCGUUCUACUUUUUCUUCGGCCGCACCGAACUUCUCAUGAAGGCCGCUCCCGGUGUUGGAAUUAUCAGCUCCAUGAUGUGGCUGAGCGACGAUCUGGAUGAGGUCGACUGGGAGAUUCUGGGUGCGAAUGACACCCAUGCUUCGACAAACUACUACGGAAAGGGUGUUGAGGACUUUACCAAGGCGGGGUGGCACUACGUUAAGGGUGGUAUGCAGGAGGAUUACCAUAACUAUACAACGACGUGGACGAAGGAUGAGUUGAACUGGUACAUUGAUGGAGAGAAUGUGCGAAAGGUUGUUGCGAAGGAUGAUAUGGAUAGCUAUCCUCAGACACCCAUGAGACUAAGCAUUGGAAUCUGGGCUGCUGGUGAUCCUACUAUGCCCGAGGGAACUCGCCAAUGGGCCGGUGGUGAUACCGACUACGGCAAGGGCCCUUACACCAUGCACGUCAAGAGUGUCUACGUCGAAGAUGCCAGCACCGGAAAGGAGUACGUCUACGGCGACAAGACAGGCAGCUGGGAGAGCAUCGAAAUCGUCAAGGGCAACUCAACCGCCUACGAAGCUCUCUACAAAGAACCCGAGAAGACCACCUCCGAGAAAUGGGAAGCCCUCCCCGCCGGCACAAAGACAGGAAUCUACGCCGGCGGCAUCGGCGCCGCAGCCAUCGGUCUCGGAGCUCUAGGCUUUUACUUCUGGCGUCAACGCGCCGCGGGUGCCAGCGAGGCCAAAAUGGCCAGCGACAAGGCCGCCGCUGAGAACCAUGAUCUCAUGUCGUACCGUGCUGGUGAGGAUACGACGAACCAGGGUUUUGAGUACAGCGCUGCCAAGUACUCAAAGGUUCCAGCUCAGGAUGCUGCUUAAAGUAGACGGGUUUAAAACUUAGAGUUGUGUUUUCUUUUUUUCAGAUUUCUUUUAGCUGUUUCUUAUUUCUUUUUUUGUAAUGGCAUAUACACACUUUUGUUGGUUGAAGUUAUAUAUACUGUAGAAAACCUCCACAGGAACAGGGACAUUUAUAGCAGGUUUGGCGUUGAUCAAUUGGAUGCAUUGUAACUUACCAC